AUAGAGAUCACUUUGAUGAUUUGUACAAUAAUGCAAGCAAGUAGCAUAAAAUAAUAUCUCUUAUCAAAUUGUCAUACAUCAACUUAUUGAUCAAUUCCGAUCAUAAAUACUAGUAUAUUGUAUAUGGGUCGUACCAAAACCAAUCAUCAUGUUCAAUAUGAUACUUGGUCAUGUUACUAUCUAUCUUUGAAUAUUUGUGAUAAGAUUGACUCGUUAUCUGUAUAUUGGUGAUAAAUAAUCUUGAACAUUGAUAAAAGUAUUGCAGUGUUCAUUUUAUGUUGGUGUGAUAAUGUAUAUCCGGGGAUGUUUUCCAAAUAUAAGUGGGAUUUCAAAGGAAUAAGUGCAUCCAACUUCCGAAAUGGCGGAUCGAAUCCAAAUAUCAGACUAUGUCUGGAUAAAACCAGAAAAACAAUCUGAAUUCGAUGUACCUAUUGCUGUAAAAGUGCUCAAUAGUUCUGGAGGUAAAAUACAAGUGAGAGACGACAAUGGCGAAGUAUUCACCACAGCUGUUACUAAUGUCAUCAAACCAUUACACUCGACCUCCAUAACAAGUGUUGAAGACAUGAUAACCCUAGGUGAGCUUCAGGAACACACGAUACUACGAAACCUGCAUAUUCGGUACAGUCAGCAACUGAUAUACACGUAUACAGGAACUAUGUUAAUAGCAAUAAAUCCAUACGAAAUAUUACCAAUAUACACAAUGGACCAAAUACAUUUUUAUCAAGAUAGUAAUGUAAGAGAUAUACCGCCUCACAUAUUCGCCAUCGGGAAUGACUCAUACAGAGAAUUGUUAGAGACAUCGUCGAAUCAAUGCGUGGUAAUAAGCGGAGAAAGUGGUGCUGGAAAGACUGAAAGUACCAAAUUGCUUCUACAAUAUCUCGCAGCUGCAAGCGGUAAACAUUCGUGGAUCGAACAACAGAUUCAAGAAACAAAUCCUAUAUUAGAAGCUUUCGGAAACGCGAAGACUGUAAAAAAUGAUAAUUCAUCGCGAUUCGGGAAAUACAUAAACAUCUACUUUAGUCGCAAAGGAGUUAUUGAAGGUGGGAACAUUGAUCAGUAUUUGUUGGAAAAAUCGCGAAUCGUGGGACAAAAUAAAGGAGAAAGAAACUAUCACAUAUUUUAUUCACUUGUAACAGGAUUGUCUGCCGAUGAAAAAAAGAGGUUGGAACUUGGGCAACCGGCAGAUUAUGGAUAUCUCAACUCGGGAAAUAUGUUAACUUGUGAUGGUCGAAAUGAUGCUCUUGAGUUUUCAGACAUAAGAUCCGCAUUUAAGGUCCUUACUUUUUCUGACAGCGAUGUUUGGGAUAUAUUCAGUCUUCUUGCUGCGAUACUACAUUUAGGAAACUUGAAAUUCAAAUCUUUUAAUAUAAGUAACAUUGAAUCUUCCGAAGUGGCAGAUGCUGUCAAUGCAAACAGGAUUUCGUCUCUCCUAGGAGUCAAUAAAGCAAGGUUCUGUGAAGCACUAACCCGGAAAACAUUGAUCGCUCAUGGCGAUAAAAUUGUAUCUACCCUCUCAGUGGUGCAAGCUAAAGAAGGUCGCGAUGCGCUUGUAAAAGCCAUUUAUGGCCACAUUUUCGAAUACGUAGUAGAAAUGAUAAAUAAAACACUGCAUAAAGAUCAACAACUUUCUAGUGGUUCAGUUGGAAUACUGGAUAUUUUUGGUUUUGAGAACUUCGAGUCGAAUAGUUUUGAACAACUGUGCAUUAAUUAUGCCAAUGAAAACUUGCAACAAUUCUUUGUGAAACAUAUUUUCAAACUUGAACAAGAACAAUACGAGAAGGAAGGGAUAACGUGGACGAAUAUUAACUACGUUGAUAACCAAGAAAAUCUUGAUCUUAUAGGUCAGAAACCCAUGAAUUUGCUUUCUCUUAUUGACGAAGAGUCAAGGUUUCCGAAAGGUACAGAUCUCACGCUGCUUUCUAAACUACACAGUAAUCACAGCAAUAAAAACUGUUAUAUUACUCCGAAAUCAACACACGAACAUAAAUUUGGCGUAAAACACUUCGCUGGAGAUGUGUUUUAUGAAGUAAACGGCUUUUUGGACAAAAACAGAGACAUGUUGACUGCAGAUGUUAAAGAAAUGAUAUGGGAUUCCAGUAACUCGUUUUUAAAAAAAUUGUUUCCAAUUGACACUGUUACACCUCAAAGUGGAAGUCGGAAAGUGGUCUCUUUGAGUCAUCAAUUUAAGACCUCACUUGAAGCGCUAAUGAAGACCUUAUAUGGAUGCCAUCCAUUCUUCGUUCGUUGUAUAAAACCUAACGAGCUUAAAAAGCCUCGAAUUUUGGAUCGAGCUUUGUGUGUUCGGCAACUUCGUUACGCAGGAUUGAUGGAGACUGCAAAGAUCCGACAGGCAGGUUAUCCCAUUCGAUAUUCGUACUCAGAGUUUGUACACCGUUAUCGACUCGUGACUCCAGGUAUACCACCAGCAGAGAAAGCAGAUUGCAAGCAAGCUACUAAAAUAAUUUGCAGCAACGUUCUUAAGGAUCCAGAGUACCGAUUGGGGCACACAAAAGUAUUUCUCAAAGAUCAUCAUGACGCUUUACUAGAAGAACUGCGCCAUAAGGUUCUAAUCACAGCGGUGAUAAAGGUACAAGCAAAUGGUAGAAGGUUUAUCUAUCGCAACAGAUAUUUACGAUUAAAACAUGCUGCAAUUGUUGUUCAGAAGCACUUCCGAGCCCGUGGUUUCAGGCACAAAUUCCUGGUCAUGAGGAGAGGAUAUCUACGUUUACAGGCUGUCAUCAAAUCUAGAGAACUGCGCAAAACUUUCAUUAACUUAAAACAAUUCUUUAAAAAACUUCAAGCACAGUCCAGAGGUUACCUUGUAAGAAGAUUAGUCCACGAAAAGGGUCAUAUUAUAAAAGCAAAACUACUACAAUUACACAAAGAUAAGGCGAAUCAUUCUGGGAAUCUUAAAAGUGCCGAGGAUGAAUUCGAGAAGAAAUUCACAGAAUUUAUGGCGUCGAUUUGGAUAGCCAAAGAUGUAGUUGCUGAGAAUGUGCAGAAUACUACUAUUAUAGAUGACAGAUACGUUGAUGAUGUAUUUGGUUUCUUGAAAGAUACUGCAACUCCAGCUGGCACAGUGCGGGGAACUGGCUUUGGAAUGACAUCAGCGCCCAAGCCAGAAUUAUCAACCAUUAUACCGUUACCACAAGGACCAGAGGAGGAACAGUUUGAUGAGUUUAACUUUAAAAAGUUUGCUGCCACUUAUUUUAUAGGAAAUAUAAGCAAUCAAUAUUCAAAAAAGCCAUUGAAACAUUCGCUUCUGGAUUUACCCUCUCCGAUUGAUAAAAUGGCAUCACAAGCUAUAUGGAUUACAAUAUUGAGAUUCAUGGGAGAUAUGUCAGAACCUAAAUAUGUAGAUGAUAAAACAGAUAAUGUUCCGGUUAUGACAAAAUUGUGUGAUACAGUUGGCCGAGCUUUCAAGAAGAGCAAAGAAUUUGAAGAACUAAUGCCAAAAGACAACUAUCAAGGUAAUAGUAAAUUGAUACAGAGAACUCUGAAACGGCAAACUAAAUUAAAUGAUGAUUUUAUGAAAAAUUUGAUAAAUGACGAUUUGACAAAUGAAAUGUACAGCAUUUGGUUGAAUUCUCGGCGUAGCACAAAUUUAGAAAAACUGCACUUUAUUAUUGGCCACGGGAUUAUUAGGAAAGAAUUACGGGAUGAAAUUUUUGCACAGUUAUGUAAACAACUUACAAACAACCCUUCAAAAGCGUCAUAUGCACGAGGCUGGAUAUUGUUCUCCUUAUGUGUCGGGUGUUUCCCACCUUCUGAAAGAUUAAUAAAAUAUCUGCGGUCAUUUAUUCGUGAAGGACCUCCUGGAUAUGCGCCAUAUUGCGAGGGAAGACUUGUAAGAACAUUUAAAAAUGGACCUCGAACUCAACCACCUAGCUGGUUAGAAUUACAAGCUACUAAAACGAGGAACCCGAUUUUAUUAACCGUGACUCUAAUGGACGAGUCGAUGAAAACCGUUCAGUCCGAUUCGGCCACUACAGCCGAAGAGGUUUGUCAACAAAUAGGUGAUAAUAUUGGAUUGGCAGACUCAUUCGGAUUUUCACUGUACAUAACUUUAUAUGACAAAGUGCUUUCAUUGGGAAGUGAGGGAGAACAUAUUAUGGAUGCUGUAUCUCAAUGUGAACAAUUUGCUAAAGAACAAGGGACCUCUGAAAAACAUGCCCCCUGGAGACUAUUCUUCAGAAAAGAAGUUUUUACACCUUGGCAUAAUCCUGUGGACGAUCCCGUGGCUACAAAUUUAAUAUAUCACCAAGUAGUCAAAGGCGUAAAGUUUGGGGAAUAUAGGUGUAGUACGGAAAAGGAUCUGGCAAUUAUAGCAGCACAACAACAUUACAUUGAAUAUGGACCGCGCAUAGAUCCAAACGUGUUAAGAAAAGUUAUUGUUAAUUACAUACCAAAUCAAUUUAUACAGUCAAACGAUGUAGCUCUGACGAAAUGGGAACAUCUUGUUACUAAAGCAUUUGAAACAUCUACAUCUAUACAGACAUCAGUAGAUCCUUUACGAUGCAAAGAAGAUAUUGUUAUAUUUGCAAAAUUAAAAUGGCCAAUGAUGUUCUCAAGAUUCUUUGAAUCUAUUAAACUAAAAGGAGAGACAAUAAAUAAGGAUAUUGUUAUUAUUGCAGUAAAUUGGACUGGAAUUUAUAUCGUGGAUCAGUCAGAGCAUAUACUUCUUGAAAUGUCGUACCCUGAAGUCACUUAUGUUGCUUAUGACGAUGAAAAAGACUAUGACAAUAUUGGAAGAGUAACUAUUAGAACAAUACAACAAGAAGAAUUUGUAUUCCAAAGCGUGGAUGCGAGUGAGAUGAGCUCACUUAUCAUAUAUCUCAUGGAUGGUUUAAAAAGGCGUUCGAUUUACGUUAUAACACAAAGUGAGUCGCAAGGAUUUAGUGAAGCGGCGUCAUUUUUGCAAUACAAAAAAGGUGAACUUAUUACCCUUUUACAAGAUGCUACCGGAGAAACACUAAUGAACGCAACGUGGGGCUAUGGAGAAUGCAACAAUCAGGAAGGACUUUUUCCUACCGAGCAAGUGUAUAUUUUACCAACAUUGUCAAUGCCUCCCGCUUCAAUAUUAGAAGUAUUCAAAAAAGGAAAUAUAAACAAUAACGAAAAAAUGAAAUCCAAAUAUAGCACAAUACAAAGGAAGCGAAUGCACACUUUAGAAAAAUAUGCAAAAGAACAUUUUAGAGAAAAUUAUGAUACUAAUUCUACCAUAUCGAGACAUGCAACGCUAACUACCGCGAAAAGAGCCGUAGCGGGUGACCUUUGGGCCCAUACUCGCGAACCAAUGAGACAACCACUGCUGAAAAAAAUUUUUAAUGACGAAAAAUUAUCAAAAGCAGCGGUAGCGUCAUUCUUUGCUAUUCUAAAGUAUAUGGGUGACAUGCCAAGUCCGAAAGCAAGAUCGGUUACCGAAUAUACUGAUGAAAUAUUUAGGUCGGCUAUGUCCGAACCUAGUUUGCGAGAUGAGAUUUACUGUCAGAUAAUGAAGCAAUUAACAAAUAACAGGAUACAGUUGAGUGAAGAGAGAGGGUGGGAAUUGAUGUGGCUUAUUACUGGUGUUUUUGCUUGCGGUCAAGUGUUGGUUAAAGAAGUAGUAGAAUUUUUAAAGACCAGACCCCAUCCCAUAGCCAAAGAUUGCUUGAAACGGUUAUUCAAGAUACAAAGAGGUGGGCCACGUAUGUACGCUCCAUACGUGGUGGAAGUUGAAGCGAUUCAACAUAGGAGUAUGCAGAUAUACCACAAAGUUUAUUUCCCCGACGAUACCGACGAAGCGUUUGAAGUUGAUUCAUCCACAAAAGCGAGGGAACUUUGUGAGCAAAUAACGGGGCGCUUAAAUCUUAAAAACAGUGAUGGAUUUAGUCUUUUCGUGAAAAUUGUGGACAAAGUAUUUUCCGUCCCCGAAAGUUAUUAUUUCUUUGAUUUCAUUCAUGAACUUGUGGAGUGGAUGAAGCAAACGCGUCCUGGACGUUCAGCAGGCAGUCAACUGCAAAUGAACUACCAAAUAUUUUUCAUGAAAAAGCUCUGGAUCAAUACAGUGCCUGGAAAGGAUAAGAAUGCAGACCAAAUAUUCUACUUCCCUCAGGAAUUGCCUAAAUAUUUGCGUGGCUAUCACAAAACCUCCAAGCAUGAUUUAUCUGAAUUAGCUGCCCUGGUCUAUAGAGCAAGAUAUGGUAGUAACCAGUCCCUUCUGCCCCAAAUCACGCAAAUGCUAGAAGAGUUCAUUCCAUCGGAUAUGAUAAGAAUUCAGUCAAAUUCAAACUGGAAGUCUGCAAUUUCUGCAGCAUACUUAAAACAUGGGCCAAUUUCUGAGGAAGAGGCAAAGGAACAAUUUUUGAAGAGAAUCUACCAACUUCCAACAUUUGGCACAGCCUUUUUUGAAGUAAAGCAAACUUCUGAUCCAUCAUAUCCUGAAAUGGUUGUUAUUGGUAUUAAUAAAAAUGGAGUUAGCGUGAUUCAUCCGCAAAGUCGAGAUUUGUUAGUAACGUAUCCAUUUUCUCAAAUUUCCAACUGGUCUUCGGGUAACACGUUUUUCCAUAUGACGAUGGGAAGCUUUCUCCGUGGGAUAAAGAUCCUCUGCGAAACUUCCUUGGGGUAUAAAAUGGAUGACCUAAUAUCAUCCUACAUUUCUGUAUUGCGUCAGGCAAUGAAACAAAAACGAGCGAUCUAAAACUUUAUUUAAAAAAAUCAUAACUAUGUUAAAAUGUUGUUUGUUAAUAAAAAAUUAAAGUUUUAA